AUGGAUAAUAUUUAAUAAAGAGAAACUUUAGGCUUAUUUUUAAGAUUCACCAGUGUUUGCUAAAUUCGUUGUGGAAUCUUGAACUCAAAAGAUGACCAACUUAGUAAAGACAAUCAUCAAUGUUUAGGUAUACUGAUAAUUUAUAAAAUCUACAGAAAAAUGUACUAAUCAUAUGGUAGAUUCUUUUAGAAGAAUUCAAGAUGCAUACAAAUGA